GAAGGCCACAGUCAGUAGUACCGCUUCGCCAGAAGCGAAGUUGGUCGAAUUUCCUAUAUAUUAAUAAAUGUUAAUGUGUACAUGUUAAUUCGUGCGAGUUGUGCCGUUAUUAAAAAAGACGGUAUUGGCACUAAACAAAUUCAAUACUCGUUGGUAACCAUCAAAUUACAAUUGUAAAACUCUCUCCAUAUUAAUGAAACCGACGCUUUGCUCUUUCUUGAUACUGCGACAGUACAUAUCGAGCAUUGGGUGUGACGGAUUUAUCUCGUGCUGUGAAUUGCGUAGUGCUUUUAGUGUCUUGAACAACAGCGGCAUUUGUUCAAGCUGUUCGCAUUUCCUCUAAACGAGUGAAUUAUUUAAAUUAUUAUUGAAAUCGUGUAUGGUGCCUCUUUGCAAAAAUAAGAAAAAAAGGAUCGUAUAGUUUUUUGCUCCGCCAUUGUACGCUGCCGCAACAUCGCGAAGGGAGCCGCUCGCCUCGUUCUUCCAAUAUUCUGCUCCGAAAUAAAUUCGCAACGGUUUUUAAUGUAAAGCGGUGUGUGUCCCCAAACUGAAUAACGACGGUUAAGGAUCAAAGGAAAAUGAUGCUGCUGUCCACCUUUGCAACGUGAUGCACGCCACCAAUUGGAUAAAAAAAUUCUGGAUUGAAUUUUUUGAAUAUGAAAACAAUUUAUUGAGAAUAAUCGAUGGAAAAGUGGCAUCCAAAAAAGUAAUGGAUGAAUGGGAUUGAGUCGAUUUAAGGGAAGUUUGUGGUGUGGGUGCAGUGGGCACAGGUGGGAGCCUCUGGAUGUCGAGGCGGCAGCAGAAUUUGCAACGUCAGUGGCAGUGAUGGCCCCUGCUCUGACGGAAGGCGGUCCUCAAAAGCCUGAAAAUUUACUUCCCACAUUGCCAGUUGGAUUUCUAUCACCAAAACAGGCCUCGGAUAUUUGUAAUAAUCGUGAGGUACUAGCAAAAUUUGUUGUCUCAGCUAAUGUGAAACCAACAAAAAUUGAUGACCAGUUUCUUCUUGGUAUAUCCAAGGAUUUGAUUCGUGAUGUCAUCAAUUCCAAAUAUGCGCACAGUUUUGAUAAUUUAUCUGGAUUUGAUAAUGAAUCUAAUAACUUAAUUUCUGAGAAGAAUUUGAAUUUUGAAUUAAAAGACGUUGAUAAACGACGUAAACAACAACGAUCAUUGAUCGUAAAGAAUAGUGAGACAGAUAUUAUAAUGAACGACCCAUCUAUGGGUGAUCAAACGGAUAAUAUGUGUUUUUUGAAAUCAAAUGUGGACGUGCCUUUAACGGACUCUGCUGUUGAUGAUUGUGAUGAUAAUAAAGCGCUCGAUGAGGUUGAUGAAAUCAUGGGUUUUGCCGAUAAAAUACAAGUCGAUCCAAAUGUAUCGAAUGUCGGUGAUAUUGGACAAAAUGUUGAAGAAAUAUUACAAGUGAUUAAAUCAAUGGAGGGAGCUGAUAAUGUUGGUGUUGUUAAUAGUGAAUUAUCAGCACAUCAAAGUACAAAUGAUGGUGUUGUUGAAAUGUUUCCCGGUUCAGAGAUAUUUCCAUCGUUUGAACAAAAUUUACUUGAUGAAGAUUUUGUUGGUUUAUGUACUGAUUAUGUUAAUCCAACAGAGGAUAUUGAACAAGUGAAAGUUGAAAAUUUAAAACCACAUGAAGAUUUAGUUGUACAAAAUCAAUAUGAAAAUGAAAGGCGAUGUGCAUUUUUAAUGAGACGACUACGUAAAUUACAAGCUCGACUUGUUGGUAGGCAUGUGGCUGAGGAGAAUACAGGUGUACUUGAACUCGCUCAUAAUGGUGUUAAACAAUAUUUUUUUCAAGAAUUAUCGGGUAUUAGUUCGAAAACCGCUGCAAAAAGUAGUCCGGAAGUGAAUAGUAGUUUGAGUAAUUUUUUGGAAAAUAUUGAAAAAACAUGUGUGGCUCAAAGUAGCAGUGUUAGUAGACAACGUGUGUGUUGCCGGUAUUUUGGUGCCGGUUCAAGGGAUAAUACAAAUACUGGAACUGGUAGUACAAGUCGACAUCCUGCCUUUGCUGCAUCGCAAAUUAAUAUUAAAGGCGAAGAAGUUGAAAGUGUUGCUGGACCAUUGGUAUCACAUUUACAUUUAUUGGAAUCAAAUUUAGAUUCAGAUUGUACUGCCUCAAGUAGUGGGGGUGAAAGUUGUGAUGAGAUGCAGACAUUUAAUAAUCUACACCAACAACAAUUGUCCAUAUCAAAACGGGCAGCUUGGCGAUUUGCUCAAGACCGUGCAAGUAUUGCAUCACGAUGGACCUGGUUACAAGCGCAAAUAUCGGAUCUGGAAUAUAGAAUUCGUCAGCACAAUGAUCUGCAACGUCAUAUCAGGGCGACGAAGGGCUUGGUUAUACUUGAUAAUGCCGAAACUGUUAAUGGUUACAGUGGUGUAUUGCCAGGAUCCACAGGACGUUACAAUAAUCCUGAUGGUGGAAAUAGUGUUGGUGGUGUUGGUACAACUGGUGAAUCAUCGUCAAGUCGUACCAGGCCGUUUGUCUGGUCAAUUUAUAAAAAACGAAAAUUACUUCAAGUCGAUAGGCUACAUGAAGUAUCAAAACGUGCAGCAAAAGCAUCCACAAUACGUUGUGGUUGCGAUCAUGUACUGCCCUCGUGUGCACUUUGCACCGGGAGACUCGAUCCAACACAACCCCAAGAGCCACUUGAACAACUUUCUGUCCAAGAGCGUGUCGCACUCGUCGAUCCUGGCUUCCAUCCGGUCUUAUCCUUCCCGGAUGAUACUUUGCAAGGAACUCAUUUGGAAGCAAUAAUGAAGUCAGUUGAUUGGCAGCAAAAAAUGUUACGGGGUAAUGUUCGAAUGUCAAAAAUCAAGGAUAAGGAUGCAAGCGAAAAGAGAAGUAAAAAAAUUGUUGAGCACAGAACAAAAUAUACAUCACGAUUGAAGAAAUCAACUUCCAGUAUUGUCACAUCAAGAAUUAAGAGAAAAGUACUAAAAGGAAAGAGAAGUAGACUUAAUCGUGAGAGAAAUGUACAUGGUCUUAAAAAACGUGUUCCAAAAUUGACGCAAGUUGAUGAUGACGAGGAAAUGAGCGCACUAUCGAGCUCGAGUAAACAUUCAUCACCAGUGCCUUCUCCAUUACAACACAUUGCAGCUUCCUCUGAGAAAAAUUCUUCAAUUAAAGAAAAAACAUCCAGCUCGCAUGGACGAUUAAGACAAAAUUCCUACGACAUUGACAAUAUUGUCAUACCCUACAGUGUCGCUGCCUCUACAAGACUGGAAAAAUUACAGUACAAGGAAAUUUUAACACCAAAAUGGAGGCUGUGCGACGAACCCAUAAAAAUCGAUGUCAAAAAUGGUGUCAUGCAUAGGCCUAGUCAAGAUAGCGAUUUUGAAGAUGUUUCGGACGAAGCAAUUGUAUUGAGACACGGACGAAGCGAAAAGGAAGAAUACAAGCGUUUUAUGACAUUUGCAAAUCCCCCGUAUCAAUCGCGAAUUCGACAUAAUCGACGAACAGACAGCAGAGCAGACAGUGGCGCAAAUACACCAGAUCCAAUGUCACCUCAUGCGAGUGAUUUUGGUGGAGAUACGACAUCACCAAUUACAUCACCUCCCGCGACACCGUCAAAUAGUCACGAUGCGGAACAUCAGGUUGAUGUAAAUCGUCCUCCAGCUUUGCAACAUGUUUUGCGACGUCGAACAAUCUCGUCAUUGAGAUUUACAAGAGAAGAUCGAGAGAAGGAUAAAGAGAAGGAAACUUCGACGUCGUUACCUGAUGAAGAAAGAGAAAAAGAGGUUCCACCAUAUGAACCGAGAAUUUUUCCACUACCUGAAGAUGUUUAUGAUAAAAUGUUGGAAGUAAUGCCCGAAGGCCACUGGCAAGCUUCCUCGGCGUCUGUAUGCUCCCGAGAGGAAGACAAAAUCGAUAAUUUAAUGGAUUUGGAUUCACCGGAAUCGGAUUCAACAGAAUCGGCAUAUUGCGAAAUAGAGGGAGAAGAUCCAAAUGAUCCCGAAUGGACAGUUGCGGACGAUCGAAAUACCGAAAAGGAAAGAAUACGUCCGACUGCUAAAAGAUAGGAAAAAAUUAUUUUCAAUUGCAGAUUAUUAUUCGUCAUUUAUUAUAUUGAAAAAUGAAAAAAAAAAUGCGAAUGUCAACCUGUCAAUUGUUGAAAUAUUUACUUGUCGGUCAAAUGACAUGCAACCUAAUUUUUUUUCUCUUUUUUUUGUUAAAAAAAGAAGGUUGCGAAUCUGUAAAGUGUAUUAUAUUAUUAUAUUAUAAAUUUUAUAUCUUCAUUAUGCUUCUUAUAUUAAUGGAAAAAACCUCGUUUGCGUGUGUGACUACUCUGGCCAAAGCAUACAAAAAGCUAGAUUUAAAAAAGCGGUACACUUUUACUUACCAUUUUUACAGAAAAAAGAAAACACUUCGCUUCUCUGAUCGUUUCAAGUAAUUUGUAAAAGAAAAAGAAAAAAAAACACAAUAAUCAAUUGUUUGAGCGCUAGAAUCUCACAAUUUUUUUUUUUUUUUUUUUUUUUUUUACCAAAAAUAAACUGUAUUUAUAUUUUUAAAAAAAAUUCACUAAAAAUAAAAGUGCCAAUUGAAAUUUUGUUACUUUUUUUUUUUUUUCUUCUUUUGUGUAUUUCUUUAAACUGUAACGCCAUUGGCGUUGGUAAGUGAUUAUUUUUUUUAGAAUCUAGUUUUUUUUAAGGAUGAAUUUUAAAGAUCCUUUUUUCGCAUUUCAUUGCGCUUCAUCACAUGUAUGUACGUAAAAUAAUAUAAGUGUAAACCGAAUGUAUCAUGUAAUAAGUUAUUCAUGAUCUGCAGAUCCUCUUGUUUUUAUUCAUUUUUUUUUUUUUAACAAGGUGUCGAUGUAUAAAAUUUUUAUGUAUUAUACGUGAUACGCCAUUACGUACUAGGAGUUUUUUUUCAAAAAAAACUGUCCUCUUUCUCGUUAAUGAUUUCUUUGUAUAAAAAAUUGUAUUUUUACUAAAAAAAAAAAAAAAAAUUUCAAAAAAUGAGAAACAAUUUAUCUUGACAGUAUUAACAGAAAGUGAUUUAAAGAAAAAAAAAAAUUGUUACGUAUAACAAGAAAAAAAAUUUUCACAACAGAAAUACGAAACAAAAUAAUUUUGUGUGCGACAGUGUCUGAGUCUGAAAGUGAGAAAAUGAUUUUUAAAAAAAUUAUAAUUUCUAAAAAAUUAAAAAAAAAAUUUGCCGCGUAUUUGUGCGAGUGUUGUAGAAAAAAAGAAAUCAUUUUGCACCAAUUAAACUAUAGCUUUACGAUGUUAACGUUUUGCAAACACUAUUUACGAUCAAGAGGACGAAAUUAUUCAAAUUAAGUGUGAGAGUCGAGUCUAGACAUUAAUAUUAUUAUUAUUAUUAUUAUUAUCGUGCUGUUGACACGAAUUAAGUUCAUCGGUUUCAUCAGAUUACAUCCAAUAGUACACUGUAAGGCGAAGCACAUAAAUUGAGAUUUUACCAAAGUUGUAAAAAAACAAAAAAACAAAAAAACAAAAAAAAAAAAAAGAAAACUCGCUUGGGUACUUCAUUGUAAUGUUUGAAGCAUGUUACCUUCAACGUUCUGUGAUACUAUAUUUAAAAAAAAAGUCCUGAAUAAAACAGAAAACGAAUUCACUAAGUUUAA